AUGGCGAAAGAGGAAGUGACGGGUGUGAACGACGUGGAGGAAUCAUGCAGCCCCGCCGUGAAUUGUAAUAAGAUGACGAAGGUAACUGAUCGAUGUUUUACUGUUCCAAUAGUAAAAUUAGAAGGUCAGAGCAUUGAUCUUUCAAACUACUGCCCUUCCACUGAACGCUCUUUGGAUAAUGCCGAAGCAAAUUCCGUUGCUCAGAGGGCUGUUAAUAACAAGCCUCCACUAUUGAAGUCUUCUCGAGGGCGUAAGCAGGUACUCCCUAUGAAAUUCAAUGACUCUGUUUUGCAUCCAUGGAAGAAAGAAAAAUCUGAGGGUUGUGAUGAUUUGAAGAGCUCAGUUGACAAUGACGAAUAUGCUCAGGGUGUGCCUCGUAAUAAGAAGUUAAAACGACAAGAUAAGUCGGCAUCGCACGAUGAUGUAUAUUUAGUCAAGAAACCACGAAUCGAAAAGAAGUCGAGCUUCCAAUUGAAAAACAUAAUUUUAGAGCCUUAUUCUAGUUCGCGAAGUUCAGUGACAUCAGUUAAUGAAGGGAUUUCUAGUGUAUCACCCUUGGCGGAAAGUGGUGGGGAAAUGAGUGCAGCAUUGAAGAAACCAGAGAAAGUGAAAGUGGUUGAGAAGAAGACUGAUUUUUAUAAGCCUGACGAUUUUGUAAAGGAAGAUAUAGUUUGGGCAAAAUGUGGGAAACAUUUCCCUGCUUGGCCUGCUAUAGUGAUUGAUCCACUCUUUCAAGCUCCUGAAGGGGUACUGCGAGCUUGUGUUCCCGGCACUCUUUGUGUUAUGUUCUACGGGUUUUCGAGGAGUGGACUAAGGGACUAUGCAUGGAUAAAAGCUGGAAUGGUUUUUCCAUUUCACGAGUACAUGGACAGAUUUCAGGGGCAGACUAAGUUGCAUGGUAGCAAACCAAGUGAUUUCCACGCUGCUAUAGAGGAGGCGAUAUUAGCGGAAAACGGCUAUGCAAAUUCAGCCAUGAAAGAUGGGCAGGAAACAUUACCUGUGACAGAAUUUAAUGGUGCUGAAGAGGCAACCGAUUCAAAUCAGGUUUCAGGACAUACUCCUCAGCAGGAGAUAACCGAUAAAAGGAAAGAUACUCGAGCUUGUAGUAGCUGCAGCUUGAUAUUUCCAUGCAGGAUGGUGAAAAAAGUGAAGACUACAACAGCUAAAGCUCAUUUUUUGUGUGAACAUUGUAUCAAGUUAAGAAAAUCAAAGCAAUACUGUGGUAUUUGUGAGCAAAUUUGGCAUCAUUCUGAUGGUGGAAGCUGGGUAUGUUGUGACAGUUGUAAUGUUUGGGUCCAUGCUGAAUGUGCCAACAUUUCUACCGAAAUUUUGAAGAAUCUGAAAAAUAGGGAAUACUUCUGCCCUGAAUGCAAAGCAAAGCCUGAAUGCAAAACAAAGCCGACAUCUGAAUUGUUGGUUUCAAAUAAACAAGAGCUUUACAUUAGGCCGGCCGAAAAGCUUGAAAGCAAAAUAAUGCCUGAGAAGAUAACAGUUGUCUGCAAUGGCAUGGAUGGGCUUUAUUAUCCAAGUCUCCAUUUGGUUCAGUGUAUUUGUGGUUCAUGUGGCACAAGAAAAUGUGGUCUCAGUGAGUGGGAAAAGCAUACAGGAUGCAGAGCGAAGAAAUGGAAGCACAGUGUGAAAGUGAAGGGUUCUAAUAUGCCACUUGAAAAAUGGAUGACAGAGUAUAACUUACAUGGCUUCAACCCUGCGCGGUUAGAUAAGAAGCAGCUGUUUACUUUUCUGAAAGAAAACUACGAACCUAUUCAAGCAAAGUGGACGACCGAACGAUGUGCUAUUUGUAGAUGGGUUGAAGACUGGGACUACAACAAAAUAAUAAUAUGCAACAGAUGUCAAAUAGCAGUACAUCAAGAAUGUUACGGAGAAAGGAACAGACAUGAUUUUGCGCUAUGGGUUUGUCGAGCAUGCGAAACCCCAGAAAUUGAGAGGGAAUGUUGCCUCUGUCCCGUGAAAGGAGGUGCAUUGAAGCCAACUGAUAUUGAAGGUUUAUGGGUUCAUGUUACUUGCGCGUGGUUUAGGCCAGAAGUUGCUUUCACAAAUGCUGAGAGAAUGGAGCCAGCUGCUGGACUUUUGAGAAUUCCACCAAGCUCAUUCACUAAGGCAUGCGUUAUUUGCAAGCAGAUUCACGGUUCCUGCAUGCAAUGUUGCAAGUGUACCACCUCCUUCCAUGCUACAUGUGCUUCUCGUGCCGGAUAUUGCAUGGAAUUGCAUUGCUCUGAGAAGAACGGGAUGCAGAUAACCAAAUGGAUAUCAUAUUGUGCUGUACACAGGACUCCUAGCCCAGAGAAUGUGCUAGUAAUUCAAACUCCACAAGGGGUGUUCUCUAACAAAAGUUUGCUCCAAAGCCAAUAUCAAGAACAAUGCUCAAGAGGUUCUAGGCUCAUCUCUUCAAAGGCUGCUGAAUGCUCCGAUUCAGCUCCUGCAGAUGAAAGUGAAAUCAAAGCAAUGUCUGCUGCAAGAUGCCGCAUUUAUAAACGAUCAAGCGUAAAGAAGACUGGGCAAGAGUCAGUAUUCCACCGCUUGAUGGGGCCUCGUCAUCACUCUCUGGGUGAUAUAGAACGUUUAAGUUCACAUAAUGAAGAUACUGAAGGUGCGAAAGCGUUUUCAACAUUCAGAGAGCGGUUAGAACAUUUAAAGAAACGAGAAAAUUAUCGGGUUUGUUUCGGCAAAUCAGGAAUACAUGGAUGGGGGCUCUUUGCUAGGCGAAACAUUCAAGAAGGAGAUAUGAUUAUAGAAUAUCUUGGCGAGCAAGUAAGGCGUAGCAUUGCUGACCUGAGGGAGGCACGAUAUCGAUUGGAAGGCAAAGAUUGCUACCUUUUUAAGAUCAGUGAGGAAGUAGUAAUUGACGCCACAAAUAAAGGGAACAUAGCUCGCUUGAUUAAUCAUUCUUGCAUGCCGAAUUGUUAUGCGAGGAUAAUGAGUAUGGGUGAAGAAGAGAGCCGGAUAGUUCUUAUAGCUAAAACCAAUGUUUCAGCUGGUGAUGAACUAACGUAUGAUUACUUGUUUGAUCCAGAUGAACGAGACGAAGUAAAAGUGCGUUGCUUGUGUAAUGCUCAAAACUGCAGGAAAUUCUUGAACUGAAUAUCGUCUAACUUCUGUACAGCUGCUGCUCAUACAAUUUGACCUGUUGUCUCAUGGAAAGAUUCUUGAUGGUUUAAGAGGAGAAAUUGUACUAUAAUUUCGAUUUCCUUUUUUUUUCAAAAUUGUUAUUCCAAAUCAAAUCUCCAGAAUUGUAAUUCAUUAGCAAAAAAAAAAGUUCACUCUUCAUUUAUGUACCGAUUUCUAUUAAUUUAUUUAUUUUCCCUGUUUUAGGUACUUAACAUUUUAUUCGGGAUAGGAGAUUUAACUAACAGAA